AAAAUGUGAUGUCGUCAAGUGGUGGCCUCAACCCCCGAAAACCCCCUCCUACUGUCGCCCAGACGAAGAGUUCCAGACGGCUGCUAGCCAGGCGACAGCAGUCUUCAUCCUCAGUCAACAACAAUGGGGGAUUAAACAACAACAACAAUAACACGACAACGCCACUGCAGACGAGACAGAGUUUGAAUGUACAUGCUCCUGUACAGAAUCUGGGACUGACUAAUAGGGUGCCGUACAACGCCAGGAGGUCAUCUAAUUACCACCAAAGCACUGACCAAACAGUUCUAUCUAACACGACUACUCCGCGACUAAACAAUAGACUAUCGCUUCCAUCAAUCGGAGCUCCAAAUGGAUCCUCAUCGUCAUCUUCAGGAGUCUCGUCCUUCGGAUCCGACAGACAACUUCGACGAACGAAUCCUGCGCAGGAGUACUUCAAUGAUGUCGGUAUGGUCCUGGACAGCGACGACGCUCCAGAAAUCACAGAAUGGGAUUACAGAACCACUCCGAGGCAGUCGAAUGCGAAUGGCCUGGCGAACACUGCGAACCGUCAACAAUUGAGGAACAGUGUCAGCAAUGGCAGCAGUACCUCGAGGUCGUCGAGUAUGUUUCCGAUUAGUAGAAGUAAUUUAUUAUCAUCAAGAUCUGGAAGUAUACGACCAUCUUUGGCCAAUGGAACGUCCGAGAAUGGGAAUUUAAAUGCGAGUGAAGAGUCGGCGUCAAGAAAUGAUCUUCCAAUGCCUAGUGGGUCUUCUGAGUUUUCACAAGUUUUGUCAGAAAUUUAUUCAAGUCGGACUGGAGAACCUUCAAAUGUUCCACCGCCUGAAAGUAAUCCGAGACCAAGCAACGGACAUCUGACAUCGUCAGUAGAACAGAGUAGAGCAUCACAGAAUGGCAACCAGGAUAGGAUCGAAAUUAGAAAUUCUGCUAACCGAAGCAACCUUGCCAACACGUCUUCGACUUCUUCAGUUGAGCCAAGAGUUUCUUUUACAACGCAGGCUAGAACUGCAAAUAGAAGUGUACCGAACCGACCCACGGAAUCAAAUGAACCGUCUUCUGCGAAUUCCAAUGCAACUGCUUCAAGUUUGGUGCCCCGAACAGUAGUUGCAACGGUACCCGUAACAGACACUUCUGAGUUUGAUGUUCCAAGCGUCGAUGAUGUGUUGACACGAUUGAGACGCCAAAAUGAUGAAUCGAUAAAUAGAAAUUCUGUUGGAGAAUCUACGAGAGGAGCCGAAAGAGGUUCUCGGAUACUCGGUUCAAACCGAGUGACUAGCUCGCAUACUGGAGACGAAGCAGAAUCGAAUGCAUCUUCAAACAGAAGUUUUCAACGAGAGCUAAUUUCAGCCAACCGCGUUUCAGAUACGACUCGAAAUAUUACAGGGUUGGAACCAGAGAGUUAUCAAACACCGGCAUCUUCAUCGCCAUUUGCUCAGCGGCGGACUUCGACGCAAGUUUCUGCAAACUCAUCAACUGCGCAAGUUUUAAAUUCUCGAAGCCCAAACAACCCCCCUCAAAGUUCGAAUCAAGAUGAAAGACGGCGAACCUUCAGUAAUAACGAAUCUGUUUCAGAAAUAGCGCCAAGAAGGAGUUUUAUAGGCGUUGGAUCAACGAGUAACAUAUCAAAUAGUGUGGAAGACAGAAGCUCAAUAGACAAUUCUUUCGCUUCUUCAAGAAAUAAUAGAGAUAAUUCUAAUAUGGCAACAAGCGGUUAUGCUUCAAUGGAUAGGGAAGAUUCCUCAGAUCAGUUUCAAAGCAUGCCAUCUUCACAGGGAUCUCAGAGAAGAGACAUCAGAUCUCUACUUAGAAGCCCGCCAAGUCGGAGGAACCAGAUUUUUGACGAUAGUGAUACACCUCGAAAUGUCCCACCUGUAAGAACAGCCCGAGCAAGUGCUGUUGCGUCACCACCUGCAUCAGAAAAUUCUGACGAUGACAUGGGCGCUGUUACGCCUCGUCCGAGAUUUGUCACUACAAACCGUAUUGGAAACAGAAUCGGAGUUCGCUUCACGAGUAAUCUCGACAGAUUUGCGACUAGCAGAUUUCGAGCUUCAGAGGACACGACGAUAUUUUCAUCGGACGAUAGCGAUGAAAAUGAUGAUACGAAUCGAACUGGAGGUCCUCGGAAUGAGACUCCGAAUCCGGAUACGAUUCCACACCUGAACGCGCAUGUUGGAAUCAUGCAGCUCCUGGGACUCGAUUUGCCGCAGAGCACGACUGAAGUGAUUUUGCUAAACCAGAGGUCAAUUUUAGAACAACUACUGGAAACAUAUAUAAGUUUAAUGGUCUCGCUACAGAGCAGUGAACCGCAAGCACCCGUAGGUUUAACUACGGGUGUUAUAGAUAAAUUGCCACGUGAGAGUAUAAUUAAACAGCAAGUGCAUGAGAGUCUGAACUGCUCAAUUUGUCUUGCUAAUUUUGAGUUUGAAGAAUCAGCCACUAAGUUGCCAGAAUGUACACAUUUAUUUCAUCAUCCAUGUAUUACGCACUGGCUGCAGAAGUCGCCAACUUGUCCGCUUUGUCGAACGCCAGUGACAGAUGAAGGCUAAAACAAGUCAAAAUGAAACUCGUUAACUAAUAGAUAUCUACAUGUGACAAUUCAUGACUUGGGUAAACGUUUCCUAGAUUUUAAGGUUCUUGAUGGAACUUCCGCCAAAUUUCAUGGAAAGGAUUUUAUAGAUUGAUUAGAAUUGUUACAUGUGAGAUAAGCUACAUUUUUGUGAAUCAAUUUAGCAUAGCUGAUAAUGCUUCAAACUUGAGUCAGAGUUGAGAAAACUUUGAAACUUAUCUCAAGUUAGAAAACGCUGAUUUCCUCAAGUUGUGAUCUGCUAAUCUGUUGUUUCAAUUCGACUCAAGUUGGAAGUCUCAUUUCAUCUUAAGUUGAAAAAUUGGACAAGUGUUUGCUUAAGUUAACCUUUUAGUUAGUAGCUGUUAGGCAUCUUCUAAUCUGUAUAUCUGUGUACAUCCUACCAUUUUUAUGCGCGUUAUUUUUAAAUAUUGAGCUGCUGACUGUAAAUAUUUGUAAAGAAAGGAUUUAUUUUAGCAUUGAAAUAAUAUUUAAUUUAUCUUUGCGUCUUA